GAAUGUAAGGCUUCUCCCGGCGGGAAAGGCUGACGCGCGUUCCCUUUCCCGUGAUGCCUUUCGCGCGGCUGAGAAGAAGAAGUGCUGGCGGCGGCUGCUGACGAAGGCACCGGCUCCCUCAUGGCGGAGAAGGCCGAGGCGGAAGCGAGGAGCGCCUCGCUAGUGGAAGCCGUGCUGGCCUGUUCGGGCCGCCUGGAGAAGGAGGGCCUCAGCGGCCGCAUCUCCCGCCUCUCUUGCCGGGUGGAGGAGCUCAAGGAUGACGUCUGCAGCAUGGUCAACAAGAGGUACAUAGAGUUUCUGCCCAGUAUGCAGAGUGCCAAGGAUUUGGAGUCCCAAGUGGAGGAACUUUCUGGCAGCAUUGACCAGCUGAAGUCCAGGAUUGAGAUGGAGGUUCAGCAUGACCUGAAUGUGGCCAUUGCAGAAUUUUCUGAGCUGAAACAGCAACUGGAGAGAGACACGCUAGUUCUGACUGGGCUGAAACAGCUGCAGGAGUUCGAAACUGCUCUCAAACAGUUCAAUGCCUUGCUGCCACAAAAGAAGUAUGUGUCAGCAGCAUGUCACCUGAACAAGGCCCAGAGGAUUCUGAAAACGCUGGAGUCACGUCGAGGCUUUGAGCUGAAGAUUCUGAAGGCGCUCCGCAGGGAGCUCACAAUGCAGACCCAAAACAUUAUCUACCUCUUGGGUCAAGAGUGGCAGCAAAUGGCUGUGUGGAAGGUUCCUCAAUCAAAAGAAGCGGGCAGCCUGGAGUCAGCCAUGGAGACAGAACUGCAUUUGUGCAAGGUGCUGUCCAAGGAGGAUGUGGUCCCUGGCCCAACAGUAGCGUCUGUGCUGCAGGCGUUUGCUAUCCUGGAUGAGCUGCGUUUGAAGUUCAGGCACUUCGGACAGUUGCUGCUGAAGUACAUCCUCAAGCCGCUCAUCUCCCACCCGUCAUUGCAGCCCUUGCCUGAGGAGCACCCUGAUGCCGUCACGCUGAGAUUUAGGUCUGUGGGCUCCAAUCUUGGCCACCCGUCCCCCGUGGAAGUGUUUGCCAGGAUCAAGCUGGUACUCGAGGUCCUUCACAAGUAUCAUUUAGGUGUUCCACUUGAGCACUGUGCAGAGGAGGAGAACAGCUCCAAUCUUGUCCUGGCAGAGGUGUUGGGUGACACAAUCUGGAAGGACAUUUCGGACUGUCUCAUUCGUGACUGCUUGGUGCAUUCGAUCCCAAACAACAGCAGCAAACUGGGGCAGUAUAUUGAGGUUAUUAAAGCUACUGAGGAGUUUGAAAAAGCCUUAAAGGACAUGCGGUUCCUAAAGGAGGAUGCCACCGACUUGCUGACCUAUGCGCGUAACGUCAACUGCCACUUUGCUAAUAAGAAAUGCCAGGAUGUGAUAGUGGCAGCCAGAAAUCUGAUGACAUCGGAAAUACACAACACCGUAAAGGUUACCCCAGACUCCUCUGUAAUUCUGCCCAAAAUGCCUGACCCCGGAGCAGGUGAUCAGUUAAAGGUGCAAAAAGUAUCUGAGGCUCUUGACAAGCAGGCGACAAAUUUGGAGAAUGAGAAAAGGCUGAGCCGCCACACCUUUUCGUUUCCUGCCUGCCGCAUCAGUGAAUCUGUACAGAAGUUGAUGGUGUUGGCUUAUCAGACGCUCCAAGAAGCCUCAGCCAGCACAGAUCAGUGCUGCAUCCAGCUCUUCUACUCCGUGCGGAACAUCUUUCAUCUGUUCUAUGAUGUGGUGCCGAUGUAUCACAAAGAAAACCUUCAGAAACUUCCCCAGCUGGCUGCUAUACAUCACAACAACUGCAUGUACAUUGCACACCACCUUCUGACCCUGGGCCACCAAUUCCGGGGCCACCUAAUGGAUGGAAUAGCCACAUUUGUUGACCUGGUGCCUGGUUUCAGGAAACUUGGGACGGAGUGUUUCCUGGCCCAGAUGCGAGUGCAGAAGGAGGAACUCCUGGAGAGACUCUCAAGCGCCAGGGAUCUCUCCAGUGUGGAUGAUGACGACAACUAUUCAGCGGCAAACAAAGCUGUGCGGCAGGUCUUGCACCAGCUGAAGAGGCUUGGCAUGGUCUGGCAGGACGUUCUUCCAGUGAAUAUCUACUGCAAGGCCAUGGGGACUCUGCUUAACACCGCUCUCACUGAGAUCAUCAGCAGAAUUGCUGCCUUGGAGGAUAUCUCUGCUGAGAAUGCAGACAGGUUGCACAUGCUUUGUCAAACGAUGGUGGACGAGGGGCCCCUGGUGUUCAUGCCCCUGCCAGAAGAAAAACAGAACAGACCCUUCCAGGAGGAGGUCCCCGUCUACGUGCUGAAAUGGAUGACGUUCAAGGAGCUCAUGUUGGUGCUACAGGCCAGCCUGCAAGUAAUUGUGGACCGGUGGGCAGAUGGCAAAGGGCCCCUUGCAGCUGCAUUCUCCGCAGGCGAGGUGAAGAACCUAAUCAGAGCCUUGUUCCAGAACACAGAGCGUAGGGCAGCUGCCCUGGCAAGGAUCAAGUAGCUUCAGUGCCUCUGCUGUUCCUAAAAUGUUGUCUUCCUGGACACGCUGCAGUUGGCAGAGCCGGUGUCUUCUCACCCCCCACCUGCACACACACACACACAUCCACUUUGACCAUGUCUCUUGAAAAUGACUUCCUGGCUUUUGUGAGCAGGACCUUCCUGCAGACCAGGUUGAGUUUCUCAGAGGAGCAUCACCUGAGGCAUUCAAGCCAGCACAGCGAUUGUGUUGCCUUCCCAGGCCUUCGAAGAUGAUCGCCUGACAUGACCUGGCACCUGUGGUCCAGAGGGAAUCCUGGCUUGUCGGAUGUUAACUCCUGACGUGCACACCUGCAGGUCUUGCCACCCUUUCCCUCUGCUUUGGGUGUUUGGUAAAACCAGUUUGGGUCCGGUGGAACUCAUGGCAAACGCGCCCCUGCAGUACAUCUGACUGGGAGAUGUGGGGCUCUCAAUGGCCCGGGGUAAUCUGAUUCCUUGUGGCAGAGCAUCUAUGCAGCUUUUUUUGUUUUUUGAGGGGGGUGGUACCUCCCCUUUGUGCAUCUUACCUCAUCUGUUUUGCAAAUGGCUUAUGAAGCACACAAGACUUGAAAAAUCUCUCUGUGCCCUUUGAAGGGCCUUAAAGUGCCAAAACGUCGUAAUUUUACCAGCUGCUGCCUUUAGCAUACCGCAUGCAGCACGCCUCAGAAGUUGUCUUUUUACCCCGAGUCCUCUUCUUUUGUUCUUCCCAUAUAGGAUCUACGGGUGGGAAAGGCCGGCCAUGCUGCCAGUCGCACCCUCCUGCCUUGGAGGUACACCACAUGCAUCCUGUGGCAUCUACAGCAUGGAAGCCUGUGUUUGUUCAGGGAACUAUGCACAAACAGCAGAGUAUGGACUAGUGCCGCUGCUACAGAUGUUCAGGGGGCAAGCCAGUGGUAUGUUUGAUAUUGAGGGUGGGGCCAGAGGCUUAGUCCUGCUGUUCCUUGCUGACGUUCAUGGAGAACAACAGAAGAGGCCUACUUGUCUCUUUGACAACUGCAGUAUUCUUUCCUUGACCUAAUAAUAGUUUCCUUGACCUACAUAGUUAAUCAAAACUGGCUGCUCAUAAGCUUUCUCCUCUUUCGCUUAUCAGGUUAGGCAGAUGUUCUCUCCCACAUACCCCACCUCCAUCUACAGAAUUUGAGAUUGAGCAUUUGUUAAUAUGGAAACCUCGGUCUUCUGGUUAUUUGGGGGAGAAGUGGGGCUUUUGGUUGAACACUCCCUUUUUCUUGUGCCCCCCCCAAAGCAUUUAAACCUCCAUUCACAGAAGCUGUCACUGUCUUGUCUAGCUUUCAUUAAGAAGAUAAAAUCCAAGGCUGAGGAAAAAAAUGUUACUGGAUUAAUUACUUACAAAUUAUUUUGUAUUCUCAUACUUAUUUCUUUUUGGGAGCCAUUAAAUAGGCAUAUAAAAAACUA